AUGGCCCAAUGGCCCAAUGAGCAGACUAUUGGAAUCUCGGACCCAUCGUUUGCUCCAUCCUCUGAUCUUCGUCUGAGUCUCGGCUCUCCAGCUGUGCUCCACUGGAGUCCCCUCACUGCCCACACGGGGAUUUGUUUGGUGAUGCUGAUGAUGAUGAUGCUGAUGAUGAUGCCGGGCUGGACACUAAACGGCUCCAUCCGUCAACUAAACACAGUGCGGGAACGGGCAAGCAACAAAGGACUUGCUCCUCUUCUUCCACCCAUAGACAAUGCCAUUAAAAAGGGCAUGGAUCGAUCGAUUCUGGUUCGCACACCCUUCUUUCGCUGUACUGAUCAUCUGUACAACCAGACAGCCAUUCAUCGCAAGGUUGGCAGGCCGAGUGCAGUGGCACAAACCAAACAAUGCUGCAAUUCUGCUCACUGCGUUAGCGUGGAGAAGCCGGAUGUACUAUGGAUUGGGUGUGAAGAAAUCGUCGGUCUGUUUGUCGGACGGCUGAUCCGUCCGCGAGUCAGUGUGCACAGCAAUAGGACCACUCAAAAGACCCAUCCAUCUCUGUUUAUGUAG